GAACAUCUGCAAUAUAUAUGUAAAUAUUAUUUAACUGUAUUACGACUGUUAAACGGUGUUAAUGGAGAAAAACUAAAUACGUUGAAAAGAAAAGUACAAAGUAAAACGUACGUAGGUAAGGACAAAUAAAAACUCAUAGUUAAAUUGAAAUAUAAUAUUUGCAAAUAUUAAUAAAAAAUGUGCUACUUACUUGGAAAACGCAAGCCUUAAAACCAUCGUUAAAUUUCUAAGGCCUUAAAAACACUUUUUGAAUAUUAAAAGUACAAGUAAACAGAAACGCAAUAAUACAACAAAAAUGCUUAGUCUUUGUCUGCUGUUUUCGCUCUUUGUCUUCUUAUUCGUAAUAGUUUUUCGUAAGUACCGUUUGUUCAAAAUUGGUUUGCCCUUCUUUCUAUGGCAGUAAAAAAUAUAGCACCAGACAAUGUAAAAAAACAUAAAUGUACUCACUAGAGUAUUUAUUGGUUAAUAGAAAAUAAGUUUUGCACGUUUCGUAAAAAGCGUUCUGUAGUUAUCAGGUUCCAAGUCAAUGGCAUAAAUAUAUGUAAAUGGAAAAAAAUUCCGAAAAAUUGUGGGUCAACCCUAUAAUCUAAAAAUAAAGUUAUCGGAUCACAGCUGUUAUCGAAGCAUCAUAUAUCUAUUGUAAUGCUUUAAAAAUUUAAAAUUUAUAGUAAAUAAGCAAAACAAAAAUGGAUUAUUCUUUAGAGGACGGUAAAUGGAGUGAUCCGUUCGAUGAACUUUUGGACUCUAGAACGAAACUACGUAAAAUGAAUAUUGUAACACAAUCUGUUAGAGUACCCCAUAACAUUGACUCCAGUGUUGAAAAUAGCAGCUUCAUAGAAAUAAAGGAAACCAUUCAUGAAGACAAACCUUUGACUUGUGAAGAUUGCUUUAUAAAAGUGCAUUGUCCCAGUGAUUCUAUAUCAACUCCUUGCGACAAACGAUUAGGCGCAGUAUUAUUUAAUUGCGGCCUCUCUCCAAUAACUCGCUUGAAACUUGAAGGUUUUGAGGGCAGCAGUGACACUGAUACUAAAGACGCAAAUAUUAAUGUAAAUGUCGAGAAUCCAUUUCUAAACAUAAAUGCCAGCCCAAAUAUGUGUUCUAAUUUCGGGAAAAGACAGUUAAGUAAAUCAUAUAAGAUGGUUACUGUUGUGCACCCUUCUUCGAUUGUAUUAAAACCGGGAAAGUGGCGAAAAUCGCUGAACAAUUUUAUCCGAACUAAAAUAACUGAAAUAAAUUUCAACAAAAAAGUAGAACGAAGCUCAAUAUGUCAGGAUCGAAAAUCUUUAGUUUUAAAAGGCGAACACAAAUUUAAAAAUAAAUGUGAAGAAGAAGUUCUGAAAUAUUGCGAUCAGUCUAUACCACUUCCGUUUAAUGAUGCAUAUGAACAAAAUAAAUUGUUGAAUUCUAUUAAAAUAGGUGAAGGGGCUUAUGGAGAAGUAUUUCUUUGUUCAAAAAAUCAAAACAGAUUAGAAAAACACAUCUCCAAUAUAGUUUUAAAGAUUAUACCUUUAGAGGGUUCUACUGAAAUUAAUGGAGAAAAGCAAAAAUCAUUCAGUCAAAUUUUACCAGAAAUAAUUAUUACUACAAAAAUGAGCAGCCUUCAAACAAACAAAAUUAAUUCUACGGAUGGAUUUGUAAGCAUACACAAGCCUUGCAGCCGAUUGCAAGAAGCAAGAUCGCUACGUUGUGACGUUCGGGACGAGGAAAGCCUCCGAACUGAGACACAAGUAGCUAAGGUUCUUUAAGACAAAGAACGUUGACCCGACGAGUCCGAAAGCAUUUAAACAGGUGGGUCCAAUCGUAGCGAGUACGCGGCGGGACUGUAGUGAAGACCACUCCGACUGUGUCGGAGAUUCCGUACGUAAACCAGGCGAUUUCCGGGAGCGUCCAUAAUAACCGAGCAAGCGUUGUACCGACGCCACCAGUCUGAGCAGAGGUGGGGUUGACGUGAUGUUAGUUCACCCGGCACGCAACCGUUAGUUGCGACUAACAAGGUGUUCGCCUUGAGAGCCCAGUUCACUCUAGAAACAGUGACGCUUUCCAAGCCCACCUCCUCGCCACCAAACCCGCGGGGCCGCGGCAGUACCUGGCUCGCGAAUAUUUCCACGUCGGAUAAGAGACUCAACCCGGGAUACCGAAUUUAAUUGUUAAAGCGAGUCAAAUUUAUAAAACUGUUUCGGAUCCUGCGAGAGCUGCAACUUAUAACGGUUUAAAUAGUUUAUCUAACUCUUUGCAUUAAGCAUGGUAAGGUUCAACAGAGCAUUUUAAUAUUUAGAAAGGAUAGUCUGAGAACCGUCUUUUUUUGGGGGACUACAUAGUGCCAGGUAUAUAUAUAUAUUUGAAUCACCUAGAACUACCAAUUGGUCCCUAUCAUAAAGUCUUUUCGAAACGGAUUGGAUAUAGGAGGAUACAAAAUAGCUCACGAGGGUACAUUAAUGUCACUUAGAACAACCAGUUGGUCCCUAUCGGACAGUCUAUUUGAAACGGAUUGGAUAACGGACAAAUGGUUUAUAUAUUCAGGAAAUUCAGAAGACGGCGGAAUGUAAGAGCACGUAAUAUAAACAAAGCUAUCAGAAAAUGACAGCCCUACGCAUACGAAUUCUACGUUGCGGAACUUGUCAAAAAGUACCUGCUCUGACGUGAAGGUAGACCUAACAGUAACUAGGACUCCACUUCCCCGCCUGGAGGGACAAAGAUGCCUGUAUACUAUGUACAUACCGGGGAAAAUUUCAGAGUUAAGUAUCUCCGGUUCUAAACAAGGUUCCCACGGACCCUUCUUUUUUCUUAUUUUGUUUCGUUUUGUCUUGUCAAACAUCAGAUGACGAGAAACGAUCGCUGACAAUGCGAUAGCUGCCGAUCUUGGCAACAUUUGUGGAUUUGCAGCGAUUGACAGCUGUUCAGUUGUGGAGUCCUGUUGAUCAUUUGCCAGUGGCUGCGGAGUGUUCCCCUUAGGCACCCUACCAUCAGAGCCUUUCUUGCGCUUUGUAUAUUCUUCUAAUAGCACGGAAAGGAGAAAGGAAGGCUAAAACUGCUGAUCAGUCCUUUAAAACCGCCAUUUUGGUGAAAAAGCCUUUUAUCAUUACCUAAUGUCGUCUUUGGGGACUUAGGGUCCGCUUGAAAAAUAAAUUAUUUUGAUUUGAUUCUACAAUAUUAAUUCUCGCUUUAACAAUAAUGUGCUUAACAGCAUUGAUUGAAACGAUAUCCUGUCACGCGGGAAUUACAAAUAAAUCCUUUAAUACUUCAGACCUAUAAA